AUAUAUGUUCUCUUCUCAAACCCUAAUUACUCCUACCCAUCUGGCCUCAGUCUCAAGUUCGUCCUUCUCGCCCAGUGGCCCUUAGAUCGCCGAAAAUGCCGUUCAAGAGGUACGUGGAGAUCGGCAGGGUCGCUCUCGUCAACUAUGGAAAGGAAUAUGGAAGGCUCGUUGUGAUCGUCGAUGUUAUAGAUCAAAACAGAGCCCUUGUUGAUGCCCCGGAUAUGGUGCGGACCCAAAUGAAUUUCAAGAGGCUUUCACUCACAGAUAUCAAGAUCGACAUCAAAAGGGUUCCAAAGAAGAAGACUCUGAUUGCAGCCAUGGAGGCUGCUGAUGUGAAGAACAAAUGGGAGAACAGUUCCUGGGGCAGGAAGCUAAUUGUGCAGAAGAGAAGGGCCUCACUCAACGAUUUUGAUAGGUUCAAGCUUAUGUUGGCAAAAAUUAAGAAGGCUGGUGUCAUUAGGCAGGAGCUUGGAAAGCUUAAAAAGGAGACCAAAGCCUAAAAUAUAUUGUCUUAGUGUGUGUGUUAAAUCUUUACCAAGAAGUUACAUGCGUUCUUGCCUUUUGGGUUUAUUUUCAUUAAUUUACUAGAAGAUAUACUUAAAUUUUUAUUAUUUUAUUUUAUUUGCUUCUCAGACCCCGUUCAAACUAUAUUAUUAAUAUAUUGGGCCUUGUUUAAUGCA